AUGGAAUCCCGCCCGGCCGCCGAAGGCCUGCGCGAGCGGCGUCUGGUGGGUCCUUCCGGAAGCUCUGUUGAAAGCUCUGCCGGCGCACCCCGGCCGGCUUCGAGAGGAACCCCGAGGCCGCUGCACCCCCAGGUCAUCGCGGCCGAAAUCGAAGACGUGCUCAACCUGCUGCUGGUGUUCCGCUUCAUCAACUCGCUCUGCGUGCGCACCUUCUUCCAGCCCGACGAGUACUUUCAGGCGCUCGAACCGGCAUGGAGCAUUGCCUUUGGCAGCAACAGUGGCGCCUGGCUGACCUGGGAAUGGCAACACCAGCUCAGAUCGUCGCUGCACCCGGCUCUCUUCGGGCUGGCCUACAAGGUUGUAGACGGCCUCAUGACCACCCUGAAUCUGAUCCCGCUUAGGGCUACCGUGCUCGUGGCUCUACCUGGCGCUUUGCAGUCCGUCUUCGCCGGCCUCGGCGACUUCUACACCUGGAAGCUCGCCAUGGACAUCUAUGGCCGGGAGAGUAACGCACCGUGGGCUGCCUGGUGUUGCUCCACCAGGACCUUCUCCAACUCACUGGAGACAUCGUUGACCAUAGCCGCCCUGUGCUACUGGCCGUGGGAGCUUCUCAACGAUGCAAAGGCGAGCAAAGUGGCGCCUUUGCAGCAGCGCGGGAGAGUAAUAAGCCUCCGGAUAUCGCUCGUGCUUGCAGCCAUCGCUGUGUUGCUGCGACCGACCAACCUGCUCAUUUGGCUCGUCGUCCUCGGGCUCUCACUGACGCGAUUGGGCCUCGUUGGGAAAUCGCCCCUGGACAUGGCAACUAUGACGGUGCUGCUCCGAGAAAUCGUGGUGUGCGGCGCCGCAGUGCUCGCCGUCUCCCUCGUGUCCGAUCGCCUGUACUUCGGCUUCUGGACCUUCCCGCCCUACAAGUGGCUGUACUUCAACAUGGUACAGUCUCUCGCCGUGUUCUACGGCCGCAUGCCCUGGCAUUUCUACCUGUCUCAGGGUGUUCCGCUUCUCACCACCACCUUCCUCCCCUUCGUCCUUGUCGGACUCUACAAGGGAGUCUCGUCUCUUAAGGGUUCUUCCACCCUCCAAACCAACAUUAUUCGCACCCUCACCUUCGCCGCUCUCGCCACGAUCGCCGUGUUCUCACUCAUCUCCCAUAAAGAAAUCCGGUUCAUCUACCCGCUGCUGCCCGUUCUGCACAUCCUCGCAGCCCCCUACAUCGCAUCUUUCUUCACCACCUCGCCAGCCUUCCCCGAAGCUCCACCAUCAGUGUCCUCUUCUUCGCAAUCCGACACCGUCACCCUCCGCCGCAAACUGACUCUAGCCUACAUCCUUUCCCUCAACCUGCUGCUCGCAGGCUACCUCACCCUCUUCCACCAGCCCGCCUCCCUCUCCGUGGUCACUUUCCUCCGCACCGACUUUGAGCGCCUACACCCGGAUUCCCUCUCUCUCCCCGGCGAUAACAACCAAGCCGCCGCCGCCGCGACCGCGACCAGCCAACCGCCCGACCAACAACAACAACAACAACCACACGAACUGUUCGCCCUCUUCCUCACCCCCUGCCACUCCACCCCCUGGCGCUCGCACCUCGUCUACCCGGCCCUGCGCGCCCGCGCCCUGACCUGCGAGCCGCCGCUGCACACCGCCCCGGGCUCCGCCGCCCGCGCCGCCUACCUCGACGAGGCCGACCGCUUCUACCUGCGCGAUGACCAGGGCAGCGGGCCGUGGCCGGGGCCCGGGUACGGAGUGCGUUUCCUCGCCGAGGAGAUGUGGCCCGCCACGAAGGACGGCAAGCGCGCCGGGGGGAAGGAGGAGGGGGCGGCGGAGGAGGUGCCGCGGUAUAUCGUCGGGUUUGAGGGCAUCGAGCCGGUGCUGACGGCUUUUUUCGACGGGCCCGGCAAAGGGAUGGGCGUGCGGCUGCGCAGGGUGUGGUCGGCGUGGAACGGGCCGUUCAACGAGGACUGGCGGCGGAGAGGGAGGUUGGUCGUGUGGGAUACGGGGAUUUAUCCCGGUUCGUAUCGGGGAACUGAGGAGGCGGAGGCGGAGGCGGAGGAGACGAGAGGCAGGGAGAGGGUGAUUGAUGAGCUUUGAAGGAGGGGCAGGGGCUGUCGUAGAGCAGCAAUCGUGUGUACGAUGCAGUGUCGAGUGUGGCGUGCCUUGCACAUAUAUUGCGGUUCAUGACAUGUAUUGUACAGUACAGCGAAAGUGCAAAAAGGGUCCACGGACCCAGCGGCACUCGACAGGCCCAAGUAGGAAAAUCUGGGUAUUGAUUCGGCUGCCUAUCCAGG